AUGGAAGAAAUCUCGGCGGAUGAUUUGGAAAUCAACAUGACAACAUCCCUACACGAGAUUAAGCAGCACCUAAAAAUGGCCCGAACACUGGAUUCGCAGCUCAAUCACCAUCUCCUAUCCACGACUGAAAAACAACUAAGUGGAGGAGAACUCAUGCUGUAUGCGAGUCGCUUACUGAGGACUGCAGAAUAUGCAAAGGAAAAGAUCUUGUGGUACACACAGCGCUACAUGCUGGUAAACUCCAUAUUCCGCAUGACAACCGAGAUCGGUCGUGUUUCAGAAAAAAGAAAAGAGCAAUGGUACGAAGAUAAGGAACAUGGUACCAAUCAACUAUCCUCGAAGGUGGCAUGCGAACUGAAGAUAUUGGACCGACACAUUGCUGACAUCGAAGAAGAGAUCAACAUUGCAGGAAAAAAGUGGUUGCAGAAAAAACCGAAAACUCCCCAACCUCAUCAGCACAUUCAACACUGCAAUGGAGAAAGUUGA